AUGGCUUAGUAGAAAUGCAAAAAUAAAAUAAAUCAUAGAUAGCGGUAGGGAGAUUGGAUAUGUAGUAAUUGCAAUAAUAUGAAUUUUGCAUUUAGAGACACAUGUAAUAGAUGUCAAACAUUGAAGAAUCAAAAAGAUAAUGAAAAUAAGGGAUUCAAAUCUGCAUUGUUUUUAACAGAGAGCAAUGGUGAUAUUCCACCAAUAUCUGAUAGAUCUAAUAAAUCUUCUGGUGAGAUAAAAGAUAAUGGCAAUAAUAAGUUUUCAUUUGAUAAAUUACCAUCAAUGGAACCAAUUUUGAAAUAAAUUACAAAAGAGACAUGUAAAAAACAAUUAAAUUAAAAGAAUAAAAAUAUGAUUUAUUUGAGUUUGAAUGGUAGUGCUAAAAAUGUGAAAAGAUUAAUUAAUACUAUAAAAUUCACUGUGCUGAAUGCGGAGCUUAAAGGUACAGAAAAUUAACAGUAUGAUUUUAUUAACCUAAAUCGGGGGUUUUUUUUGAUAAAAAUGGUUAAAAUUCUCUUCUUUUUAUUCUCAAUUUUAGAAGGGGGUUAAAACAAAAGAUAAACAAUAUAAUAAAAUAAAUAAUUUUUUACUUUAUUAAUAAAAUUUAACUGUUAAGAUAAUGAAAGACAUGUCCAAGAAGAUCUUUGAAAAAGAGAAUUAAGCAGAGGUGUCUAAUAACCCUAGACAUUAAAAUAAAUCUUUAACUUAAUUGGUAUCAUUAACAUAGAUUGGUGGAAAUAGAAGUAAUAAAUUAAUAUUAUAUAUAUAAGAAAUGAAUUAAAGAGUAUAGAAUUUAAAAAUAAUAAUUCUACAUCUAUAUUUCAUCACGUCCAUUAGUAUUUUGUAAACCAGAACAUAAAUUAAAAACCUAAACACCUUCUUCUCCAUAAAAAUAAUCACCUAUAAAACCUAAAUAAGUAGAAACACAAUCAAAUGAAUUAUGUAAAUUAAUAAACAAUUAUUCAGAACCUAUAUUAGAUUAUUAUAUAGAAUUAAAUGUAAAUAUUUAUUAUAAUUAUUAAAAUAGAAUUUAACACCAAAAAAUUGUUUGUCUAAUCACACAGUCAGUGCAAAUCUUAGAGCAAAGAUGGUUGAUUGGAUGGUUGAAGUACUUACUUCAUAUAAAUGCAAAGAUUAAACAUUCUUUUUUGCUGUUAAAUUGAUGGAUACCUAUCUAUCUAAAACAUAAUAAAAACAUAUACCUUAAGAUUUACAUUUAAUUGGUGUGACUACUAUGUUUAUGUCUUGUAAAUAUGAAGAAAUCUAUCCAGUAAAAUUAUAAAUUGUACAUGAAAAAAUUGCACAUAAAAAAUUAACUAAAGAUGAGAUUAAAGAUAAAGAAACUAAUAUUCUAAGUACUCUAGAUUUUAAUUUGGUUGGUAUUACUGUAUUAGAUGUAAUUACUAUUGUACUAUCUAUUUUAAAUAUGAAUCAAUAGUUAUAUUAAAUAACAUUAUAUCUUGCUAAAAUGGUANGGUACAAGAAUAAGGAAUCAUCCAAGAUCUGUUAAGACUUAUGA